AUGUUUUUUGGAAUCAUUUCAUUCCAUACCACAAAAAUUCCUAAUGGAGUUAGGAAACGUGGGGCUAAUAUCCGCGAUAAAGAUAGCGUGGGAUUCAGUGACAUAACUGAGGAAUCGAACCCAAAGAGGCAGAAACAAAAUGUCAGUGCAUCUGGGGAAAGGAGUAUAUUAAAUAUUAGGAAAGGUUCUACACCAUCAUCUUUGGAAAUUAAUUCAAAUGAAUUAUCUGCAUUGGCUUUGAAACUAGAGUUGUAUAACAUCAUUCGAACUGUCAUCCCCGGCUCGAAGCUUUUCAUGUUCGGCUCCUCCUUAAAUGGUGCCGGUACUAAUUUUAGUGAUCUAGACCUCUGUCUUGUUCUGCACGAUGAAAAGGACAUGUUGUUCGAGAAGUUCCAAGAUAUGGUGAAUUACUCCGUUGCAGACACUUACCAGGAGAACUUAGCUAAGGUGGAACUGUACUACGAGGAAUUCAACCAUGAGCGCAUUGAGGAGAAGCCAUCAUAUGAAUUACCUCAGUUCCUGUCGGACUGUGGUGGGAUCUUGGGACUUUGGUUGGGAAUGUCAGUCCUGACCAUUUGUGAGUUUUUAGAAUUUGGUAUGGAUUUGUUCUUCUUUGGGAUUUGGGAGGGAUGCAAACGAAAGAGGAAAAAAACGAAAGUGGAGGAUAUCAGGAUUGAACAGGAUGCUCCAAAUGCUGCAAGCUUGAAUAUGGUGAACUUGAAGAAAAACCCAAUGGAGACAUCCAAGAAAAGAGCGUCUUUUGUUGAUAGUCCAUUUUAUAUCAACUGA